AUGAGCCAACCACUCGCUGAAGUUCCUCCGCCUUUUGCUACCAACCGCCAGCAAGAGGAGGAGGCUUCAUCAUCAGCAUCCAUAACAAUAUUCAACAACGAUGAUCAAACGAAUGAUCCACAUAAUCUUCAUGGCCAACAACAGGAAGAGAAUGGCCAACAUAUUGAACAGCAUGUCCCAGGGAAAAUGUUUAAAACGCAUUCCCGAGAUGUAAGAACCCACAUAACGACAAGAACAACAACAAUCCGAGGCUCACAAAAAUUGGACAAUGUAAAUAGCAAUCAUACAGUAACGAACAAUACAUCAGGUAGAAAUUUGGAAUAUAAAAGUGGUGAUGUUGCAAAAGAAGUUUCCACAACAUCCACACCUCCGUUGAUUGAAGUGGAAAAUGAUACUGAACAACAACAUGAACAAAACAAUGAAAGCAGCAGAAAACAACAAGACCGUUCACCCCCAUCAUCGUCGCUUGCGUCUCCCGAAAUGAACGGAUCGGCAACAAAAAGAAAAAAGUCGGUAACGUUUCAUCCAGAGGUUGUGACUUCUUCCCGAUCGGUGUCACCCACCACUCAUUUUAUGAACGGAGGAUCUGAUGAUCUCAUUGGUCAACACGAGAAUGAACCUUCGUUUCGAAAUGACAGCGACAUGAAUGGUGUUGGAAGCGUUUUCUUCAAACAUCCAGCUUGGUUGGUUUAUACAUUCCAACAUUCAUGGAGAGUAAAACUACAAGAAUAUGCAAGUAAUGACUCUGACGAGCCAGAAGAAAAUCUUACUAGCCUAUUAACUUUGGAUAAAAUUAUGAGUCGACCCAUUGAUAUUGAAAGCCCAAUUUGGUACUUUCUUCCAAAGAGGUUAAUCCAACCUUCGACAAUCGAAAACGAUCAAUUCAAGAUUAAUAAUUAUCAAAUGGAUGAGGAUGAUCUAGAGCCAAAGUUUGAAGUUUAUUUUAAUUAUUGGGCACAAUUACGAGACUCACUAUUUCUGCGUUUACGAAAAGAAAAUAAGAAGCUCAAAAGUGAAAAAUCAUCAAACGCUCAGCUGUGGUAUGGAUAUCACAACGCAGCAAUUUUAUCCUUCUUCAUUGAAACUCAAAAAGACAGCUUACAUGAUUUGCAAAAAGCUCUACACUUUAGAAUUUUUGAUUUACUAUUUGAAUCUAUGGCUCAAACAAACCAAGCUGAGAAUGCAGAGAAUGUAACACUAAUCUCAGAUCAAGAAUUAACAUUGAUGAAGACAGUAUGCUUUUUUUAUAUUGAAACAGAGCAUUUAUUCCAUGCUACAAGUGUAUUGUAUCAUGUCAUGCGAAAUUACUGUUUCACUGCUGAAUCAUACCAAAAGUUGGUUCAAAAAUGGUCGACAAGUGACUUGGAAAAGUCAGAAAUAUAUCCUUCUAAUAUUGACUGGAAAGUAGUCUACCUGAUACUACGGUUGAUAUCAAAGUAUUUGGAAAUUCUUGAAAGAAAAUCCACUGAAUCAUCCUUUGUUAGCCAGUUGCAAUAUGACGAAUUUUGUAAGGUUGAUCGAGGGUUGUCCCAAUUCUCACAGAACGAUCUCCUCUGCUUUCGUAAUUGCGUAAUUGAACAAAUUUGUAAAUAUAAGCCAAACCAUGACCUUUACCUAUUGUGGAAGGACAAAUGGCAAGCUGACGAUAUAUCAAACUCGUGUAAGGCAUUUCCAAGAAUUGAAACAGAACCUGAAUUAUUGGAAAAUUGCUUUUAUAUUAUAUAUUUAAUAAUUUCGAAAGAACGAGAGCGAAUUUCUGAAAAGGGUUUCACAGAUAAUAAUACAAACACUACCGACUUUAAACCAAAGGUAAAUGAGAGCCGAUCAAAAACCACCCUAUUAUCCAAGCUUGGUAAUUAUUGGAAAAAACUUCGAGUUCGAUUGUUUGGAAAUUCUAGCUUGAUGACCAUAAUUCUAUAUAUUGCAGGAGUUCUUGGAACCGCUUUUAUUUUGAAAAUUAUUUAUCAGUUCUUUAACACCUCAAGUUUAUCUCGUUCUGAGAAUCAAUUCAAUUUGAGCAGAAAUGAUUUACGUCUGCCUUAUCUUACAUCCUCACAAUUUGGAAGCGCCUUACCUUCGAAAAUGGAUGUCUCACCACUACACCAACAACAGACUCCUACAACACGAUAUUCAUCACCUUCAUUGAACUUUGAAAUUGCUCACAGCACAAAACCAUCGUCUUCACCCGUUGCCACUCUUGGAACAUCAUUUAAUACGCAUCCAGAAAAUAGAACUAUCCAUAAGGACAAUAUUAGAACCAUUCUAAAACCAAGUAAUUUCAAACAGGAUUUUUAUGAAAAAGUUGACCAGACCAAUGGCCAGGUAGAUCGUGUAGUUGAACGAGACUUUAAUUACAUUUCAUCAUUGCGCGACGAAAUGGAUCAUGUAUUUGACAUUGCAGAGAAAAUGAAACAACCAAAAAAGAAAUCGACCUCUGAAGAUAUAAAACAAGCAACACAAAAACCAGUUGUGACGUUCCAAGUUGGAGAAGAUACAGAGCAGCAAGCAAGUAGUCCUGUUAUUUCCUCAUCAUCAUCCAUUGCUGAGAAUGUGAGAUCGCAACCAACCAUUUCAAUCGAUACCUCUUUACCUCCCUCAGACUACACUCCAAUGGGUUUUGGUAGUGACGAACUGCCACCAUUCCCCUCAACAAAUCAAAAUCGUAAUUUGGCAACAUUUAUUGGAAGUGAAGGCGUUUCAAAAAGCAAUGUUGUUGCAAGCAAUAGGUUAAACAACUUGAAUCGAACCAUUGGAAGUAAUCGAAAAACUUCAACCACGACUAGUUCCACGACAAGGAAAAAGACAUCCACUCCCAACACUGGAGGACCAAAAGUGUUGGAAAACGAAAGAUGUAAACAAACAAUACAUUAUGUCACCAAAAUGAAAUCAUCCACAAGUGUCAUUUAA